AUGCUGGCAAGAUCUUGCCUGCGCUCGACGCGCAUUCUCAAUGGCGCCCGAAAUGGCGCGACCGCCCUGACCAAGCGGCCCAUUUCGUCGUACAGCUCCGGCGCUUCCAGCGAAUCCCCUAUGAAGCUCAACAUGACCGCCGCGGCUUCGACAGCUCUUGCCAUCGGAUCCGUCGCUUGGUACUAUCACCUUUACGGAUCAACUGCACAGGCCAUGACUCCUGCCGAGGAAGGUUUACAUCCUACAAAAUAUCCCUGGGUCCACGAGCACUGGUUGAAGACCUUCGACCACCAGGCGCUCCGCCGAGGUUUCCAGGUCUACCGUGAAGUGUGCGCCGCCUGCCACUCUCUCAGCCGAAUCCCCUACCGAAGUCUCGUCGGCACAAUCUUGACGGUCGACGAGGCCAAGGCCAUGGCGGAAGAGAACGAGUAUGACAGCGAGCCCAACGACGAGGGCGAGAUCGAGCAGAGACCCGGCAAACUGUCGGAUUACCUCCCCAGCCCCUACAAGAACGACGAGGCCGCCCGGGCUGCCAACCAGGGUGCACUUCCUCCGGAUUUGAGCUUGAUCGUCAAGGGCCGCCAUGGUGGCUGCGACUACAUCUUCAGCUUGUUGACUGGUUACCCCGAGGAGCCCCCCGCAGGUGCUCAGGUCGGUGCUGGCCUGAACUUCAACCCUUACUUCCCUGGUACCGGGAUUGCGAUGGCCCGUGUCCUGUACAAUGAUCUGGUUGAGUACGAAGACGAGACACCGGCCACGACGUCGCAGAUGGCCAAGGACGUGGUUGAGUUCCUCAACUGGGCCGCGGAGCCCGAGAUGGAUGACAGAAAGCGCAUGGGUAUGAAGGUACUGGCUGUGACUACCGUCCUGUUUGCUCUCAGCGUCUGGGUCAAGAGAUACAAGUGGGCGUCGGUCAAGUCAAGAAAGAUUGCCUACGACCCGCCUAAGGCCAGCAACAGGGUCCGCGACUAA